GCACGUCGUUGAGCGUGCAAGAGCCUUCCGAGCCGAUCACAUCGUAUCAUGUGAAUUCCGGCUUCUUCCCUUCCUGAACCCCAUUGAGUGGCUCGUCACCAAAAAAGUUGGGGAUCUGAGAAAAAUGUAUUUGUAUGCCGAGCGUUGGGUCGCGGGUACUUUACCGCGCCAACAUCAAUCCCACCCCCCACAAUAAUUACUGUAACACGCGUCGUUACUCUCCCUUCUACCUAGUGUUUGCUCUGGGAUCCUGCCUAGCGUUUGCUGUGCUUCCUCGCCUUGCUUCUGCUCCUCGAUACUAUCAUGGUUACGAAAGCCCCUCUCCAUAAGCAACCUUCCGAUUCGCUCACCGUCAUCGAUGAGCGUACCGGAAAGACGUAUUCUAUUCCUAUUAAGAAUAAUGCCAUUCCUGCGACAGCGUUCAAGCAGGUCAAAGCUCCGAGGAAAGCCGGUGAACGAGAAGAGAACGAGACUGAGAGGGGUCUUAAAGUUCAUGACAAGGGCUUCUUAAAUACGGCUGUUAUCACCUCCAAGAUCACCUACAUCGAUGGCGAGGCCGGAGUCCUCCGCUACCGUGGCUACCCCAUCGAACAGCUCGCAGAAUAUUCCAACUUCCUAGAAGUCUCAUAUCUCCUUAUUUAUGGAGAGUUACCACCCAAGUCGCAACUCCAAAUGUUCGAACAUGAAGUCAUGCACCAUAGCGUCGUCCAUGCGGAUGCGGAGAACUUGUUCCGAUCGUUCCGGUACAAUGCACACCCGAUGUCGAUUUUGAGCAGUGCGUUUGCGGCGUUGGGGAGCUUUUAUGAGGAGGCAAAUCCUUCGUUACAAGGUCAAGCGCUAUUCACAAAAACGGAUCAGGCAUCUCUGGCCAAUAUGGAUAAACAAAUAUACCGACUCAUCGGUAAAGCCAUUACUCUCGCUGCAAUGGCGUACCGAGUCCGUCAAGGUCGCUCCUUCGUCACCCCACCAACAGGUCUCUCCUACACAGGUUCAUUCCUCUAUCAAUUAGAUAAAUUGGGAGAGGAACGAUAUCGUCCUAAUCCUGUCCUCGAACGGGCGUUGGAUGUCCUGUUCAUAUUGCAUGCGGAUCAUGAGUUGAACGCGUCGAGUACAACGGUGUUACAGACGGGGAGCUCAUUGGUGGAUCCUUAUUCUGCUGUGGCUGCUGGGUGUGCUUCGCUUUAUGGCCCUCUUCAUGGUGGGGCCAAUGAGGCUGUCAUCCGUAUGCUUGUCGCCAUUGGCAGUCCAGCGAACGUACCGGCGUACAUCGCAGCCGUGAAGAAACGCGAGAGGGUCCUAUCAGGAUUUGGCACCGAUCCUCGGUCGUUUAUCAUUCGACGCAUUGCUGAUGAGGUUUUCGCCGUAACUGGAAAAGACGAGCUAUUGGAAACUGCUAUGGCUCUUCACGACGUUGCGAUGAAGGAUGAGUACUUCGUCUCGCGUAAACUUGCCCCGAACGUUGAUUUCUGGAGUGGGCUGAUCUAUCGCGCAAUGGGUUUCCCAAUGGAUUUCUUCCCGGUUCUUUUCGCCGUCCCGCGCGUGGUGGGUUGGCUUGCUCAUUGGAGACAGAUGAUGCACCAAGAAGGUGGCGUGAAGAUUUGGCGUCCUCGUCAGAUUUAUCUCGGAUCUGGCAAGCGUGAUUAUGUGCCGAUUUAUAAGAGAGAGGAACCUAAAGAAGUGGAUAGGAAGAAUACACCUUUGGCUGUUGCACACUCUGGGCAAAGCAAACGUUCGAGGUUGGCUGAUUACGUUGGGCAAGGAAAGAGCAAGCUGUAAAAGCUCUCUUUUCUUUCCCAGAAAAAGGUGCUACUGAGGCGUUCGAACGCAUUGCACUGUUUUAGCGACUAUUCGUAGAUAUGUAGCCUUCCAUCCCGCUUUUUUUUUUUUGGGUUCGUCCCCCGUGUCGUUAACAUUGCUUGUUAUGAGACAAUUAAUUGUGUGUGGAUUGGACGGCAUCCUGCAUUGAGUUGGCCC